AUGGCUUCAUCUUCCGAGGAAGGUCCCCAGCUUAGUGAGCUUUCUCGAGCACUCGACGCCAUGGCAGCUACACGCCGCGGCAUCAAGGCCAAGAACAUUGGCCUUUUGGACCUUAUCAAAGGAAUCAACAAUGACCAUGAAAACAGCCCAUUCUCCGGCCCAUCAUCCGCAAAGCCUUCCAACAGUGAAGCCAAAACGCACGAUGAUUUGCUUGAGAUGGGACUAGUCAUCGUAAAGAGUCGUCAGACUCAAAAUGAUGGACCGGCUCCCAGCCCUGCUCUCCCACCUCUUGAAAGUAACCCUGCCCCAGUAUUCCGUCGCGACAUCGCGUCAGUCCGCCUCUACGAAGAAGAGGCGGGUGGUGAAAAGAUUGCCUUCGAACUUAUCGAGGCCAAUCCAUCCCCUUCCGUGAAUCCUGCAGGAAAAAACCAGAAGAUUCGAUAUCUCAAUGUCGUGAGAGAUAUCAUGGACUUCCAUGAGUUCAAGGAGAUUGCUGUGAAGAAUGGCCACUUGGUCUCAAACCCUGACGAGCAGCUGGCCGUUCAGACGGUCCUCCAGUCAGUGGAGGACAAAAUGUUCGAGAAAAACAACAACACCUGGUUUAUGAAGCCAGGUACCUUGCUCCGUUGUGAUGUUGAUCACAAUGGAACUUUCAUCGCGUCUGCGACCUUUAUGUCGAUCCCUUGUGUUCACUCUGAUUCCCUCCACGAAUCUCCUGAUGUCGUAGAUCGCGACGGGGUCUGCAUGCCACGCCCCCUUGAUGAAAUUACCCAUCUCCACGACAGUGAGCUGGGAAGUGAGCUGUCCCAGAUGGAUGAGGUUCUUUCGGUUGGUGAAACUUGGAUGAUCACUGUCAAUGAUAUCGGGAUUCUUACUUAUGGCCGGAAGCCGUGCCAAGAUUCGCUGUUCAACAACAUCGAAAUCAAGGAAUUCGAGGCAAGCAGCCGUGACAAGCGCAUGAUCCAAGUCACUGAACUGAACGGGCUACAAUUCCAGAUCCCCAUCACACAUUGCGCGACCCUCAUGGUAAUGCAAAGUGCUUUGCAAUAUCAGCUGGAGGAAAUGAAGCCUGAUACUGAUUCCAACGAUUUCGCCGUUGCUUCAGAAGCCUCUGAGGAGUUCACCGUCUUUGGAAUGGCCGGAGAGCGGAUGACAUCCUGGGUCUGGUCCCGUCUGGUGCAUGGGCAGUCACCUGUUCUUCAUGUGAAGCUGGAGCCAAAGGCACCGGAUUCCGAUUCCGGUGACGGCAUUUUCCCUUCUUUCAACAGCCCUGUGCGAGGAGGCAGUCGAGUCAGAGACCACACCGAGGAAUGGGUCCGCGAGCAGACUCAGGAAAUGCAGAAUGAGCGUGCCUCGCAGAGUAUUGGAUCGUCUUUUGAAGAUGUCGAUUUCGCUCGUAUUGCUAGAAGCAUCGAUGAAGACCAACACGAAGAUGGAGAGCUUCGCAAUUGGGACCUAGAUGCAGCCUCUCCUCCCAUUUUCGCCUGGGGCUCAACCAAUGAGAACACGAAUCCAGUCAACGAAGAAAAUGACAUGAGAAACAGCAUCGAAGCCCGUCUGCUUAGAGCUGAGAUCUAUCUCGGACAGUUCUUCCCCAAAGACUUGCCUCAACAGGAAGCCUGGGUCCUUAGUGGCGGCACCAGCAGCGCCGAAUGUACUUUGGAGAUGUUCAAAGAAAAAGUACACGAAAUCAUGGACCAGCUCUCAAAUGCCAACGGCCAGAAUAAGGGACGGUUCCUAGAGCAGAAGACGCUCGUCGACUAUCAUGAUCUCUGCAAGGCUGCGAUCCGCUUCCUCGAGGCGUUCGUUCCCAAGGACUUUUCCUCUCCGGGCCUCCACAAGCUGUUUGGUGUCCUUUACAAAGGGUUCAAGCCCCCCGAGAUUCGUUCAAAGGCCCAAAUCCCUACAAAGUGGGUUAUCCUUUCUCGGCCAGGACCCGGCAACGCAAUCGGUGCCAGGAACCGAUUUGGAUCUAUUUGUUAUGAUUGCCUUGAUGAGACCAUCUACAAUGGCCUUGAUGAGGCGUUCUACCAUCUCGGCGAACAGCACUAUGCGGAACUUCCCCCAGGGGAGAGACUUGAACGACAUGUCACCCAGCUCUCAAUUGCCGCGGAGGAGAAGUACAAGCACUGGACCGCCAAGAUCGUCAAGGCGGCCCGAGAACAGAUGGAGAACAUCGCGCAGGCAGCCGGUGAAAUCCAAGAUGCCGCGGCCUACGCUGAUCAGUUUCACCACCCGGCCUGGGUGAUCCUCUCUCCCCUUCUCGAAGCAUUCGAGUUGACCGCCUCAUUCGUGCUUGCACUCUCCCACACCCUGGACGAGACAUCCAACUUCUUUGAGUCUACCGUGUAUGAGGAUGAGACGAAUAGUAUGAUUCUUGACGAGAAUGCCCUCAAUCUAGUCACGGUGGUGGACAGAUGCGGUGACAAGGCCGAGAAGAGCCUCAGAAACGUACAGCGACCACUCGCCUCCUUGACUCAUGCGGUCCAAGCUGAGGAUCUUGUGAAGUUGUUUGUUCCCGUUGGAUUCCACGAAUUGGCCACCCAGAUGGCGUGCAACUUGCUGGCUGGUCCGGUUCAUGUCAACCCCGACGCUAUCGAGCCUUACCAGACAGUCAAGGAGUGGCAGCAGCAGCUGCUCGGCAAAAUGCGUCUCGUCCUUUCGAGGAACGCGUACAAUGCGCACGCAAACUACGCACAGGCGCAGGCAUUCCGAAUCCAGGAAUACAUUCUCGACCAGGCAGAGAAGAAGCUGCAGGAUCAGCCGAAGAUAAUCGCAUCCAGUCCCGAGGAUGCCAUUGAGCUUCGCGGCGAGACCACGGAGCUUGUCGACAUCACGGACAAUGAGAACAAGAUCAGCUUCGAGAUUACUUUUGGAAUCAUCUACGGCAUCUUCUUGCUUGGUAACUUUACCAUGUAUGAGCUUAGCAUGCGUCGGCUGAACGAUGUGCACUUCACCGACCAGAUCAUGCCCCCCGGGGUGACGGCUGCGAUCUUGGCCUUCUUCGAGACCGCUUCUCUGUUCCUGAUGGCCAUUGCUCUGCCCUGGUACGCCAUGAAAUGGUACAUGCAUUGA